AUUAUUUGUGUCCAUAGCUUUUUUUCAAAAAAAAAUAUUUUUUAUUGAGAUAUUUAAGUUUUGAGAGGUUGUAAUGACGACCCUCGUUGCGUCACUUGAUCCAUCUGUGACGUCACACAACAUUGGCUUCGUUAGCAAACUUAAGUUUGAUUCAGAGUCAGCAAGUCUUAGACGUAGGAGCAACUUUUUCUCACUCCCCGGGAAAUCCCCCCAAUUCGAUGUAUGGAAACUCCCGCCCCCUAAUUUUAACCCACAAGCAUUUGAACCAGAACCUCUGCCAAGAAAUAGCAGGGAAGCUAUUAAGCCGUGGAGAUACGAACAAGCGACAAAAAGUGUCUCUGCGCCAACUUCUAAAGAAAGGCGACGAAACGAUAAACGCAAAAACGAAUAUUUCGAAGAACUGGAGCGUUCUAAGUUUGGUUCUAGAGCCCAAACGUGUGGAAAUAUCGGGCAAAACAGUAGGAGGGACCUUCAAUUAAGAUUUCGUGUUGUAGAUCCCUACGCUGCAAAGAUCGAUUUCGUGAAAAAAGGGAAACAUAAAGAUGCGGUUUAUGAAGAUCUUCAACCACACGAUUUUAGACAGUACCCCAAGUUAAAAUCCCUCGGACUCCCGGAAUUCGUAACCAGUUUCGAGCGAGAUUUCGAUGGAAAUAAAGCAAGAAUUAAAGGGCUUAGUACACUUACCGGGAAUGAAUCGGCCGGAUUUUUAAGGCAAGUUGAAAUCCGAACCAAAGCAGAUUACGCAAUACCGAGAUAUCCACAAUAUGACGUCACGAUUUUACAUCCCCGUCCGUCCUACCCGAACAAGAUAGCUGCUUAUACACGUCAUCGUCGAAUCGACCGAUCCGCUAGGAGCGCAUUUCUGGAACGAGCCGAAGCCAUGAUGGAAAAGCGAGCCCGGGAAAUAAAAGCUUUUAGAGAGUUAAAUGCAACUACCGCUGAAAGAUCACCUGAGCCCAAAACACAUCAGUUUUUACAGAAACUGCUGGACGAAUAGCUUAGAUAACCAAACCGCCCAUCAUGGAAUGUGUUUCUCUGUCUAUUUUAAAUACUCCAGACCCGGACUCUUGUUAAGUCCUAACUACCUAUAGCCUAUACGUGUAUGAGUAUGGGUGGUUAAAAUACGUUUUCUUUGUCUUCUUAAAAGACGCAACCCUUUGGUACAAUUACAACUAUUCUUUGAGUAUUUAAUCUUUACAAUUUAAAAUAAAGUGCAGCAUUCAGGUAAAACCUCCAGAUGCAUUUUAUG